UUCAGCCCAAAACGCAGCGUUUCGGUCUCUUUGGCAGCAUAAACACACUGCUUCUUCGCUUCUGUGUCUCUCGCUUUUACAAACUCAGCAGUCUGGUUAUGUUUUUGGGGAAGGAGGUACCUGCCCUUGGCUAUCCAGAAUUUGGAAUAUAAUAGGUUAUUGUGUCCAAACUUAUUAAGUUUGUGAAGCUAUAAUAAAGGUGAAUCCUCAGUUGGGACAGAAAGAGAGGAGUGUUUUGCUAGGAUAUGGACUGAAUAUACCAGUGUUCUCUGCUGUGCGGCCAUGAGCUUAUGAUAAGUCUGUCUUAUUGGCUGUGACUGUAGCAUAUAAAAUGCAAGGGUAGAGGGGAUUCUAAUCUGCAGAAAUAGUUGGGACAUGCUGACAUGAUAAGAUAGUGUCAUACCUGUACCUUCGUCAUGGAUUAGGGAGCUUUAGCAGACAUCAUCUGUAGUAGUGACCAGGGGAAUAUUUUGAAGUGUUGAAUAAUCCAGUAUGGAAGUGUUAUUCCAAUUUAUAGGUAAGGACUGUCCAAGAAUGAGUCUUAUGAAGCGGUAUGUGCUGCGGUUGUUCAUAUCAUUGAAGUACAUCACAGCAAACGUCGUUGACAGAAAUAAUGGCCGGAUUGUUGUAACAGCAUCUACAAUUGAACAUUCAGUUAAGGGCUCGCUUGAGUGUGGCCGCUCUUGCAACGCAAAGGCAGCAGCAGUUGUUGGAGAGGUGCUCGCUAUGCGACUUAAGGUGGAAGGUCUUGACCAGGGACAGGGACGAGGGAUUCAUGUCAAUGUAAAUAAUGAAGUUGAGAAGAAGGGUUUUAAGAACCGUACCAAGGUAUGGGCUAUUGUCAAUGCUCUUAAAAACAAUGGAGUUAAACUCAUUCUUGAUGAUAAUGAUGAAAAUAGUUCUCAGCCAAGUUAAUUAUAAGAAAUCUCUUGUUUACCUUGUUUAUGUUUUAAGUGUUGAAUCAUUAUAUAUGGUUUGUUAGUAGAUAGCUUUAUGCUGGUUAUGAAAUCCAGGAAUUGAUCAGUAUAUACCAGUUGAAACUUGUUUCUUUCACAGCUGUAUCAAUUGAUCUUGAAAGAUUUUCCUUUCAAAUCACCGAUUGGUCCUUCAUUUUUCUG